UGCAGAUUUCAAUGAAAUUUGGUAUAAACCUCUGUAAACUGAGAACAGACUUCUCAAAGUAGAGUGAACCAAGUGAGUAUUGGUCACCAGAUCCGGAAGGAGAAUAACACACUGGAGAGGAGCACUUGUAGGCAAGGUGUUUAUUGCUCAACUGCUAGGCCUGGAAAUGUAAGGUUCCUCAGAAAUUAUUUUGUAUUGUGUUGAGUGGACAGCGAUUGGGAUGGCUUUAUGGGCGAGAUCGCAGCAGCUUCAAGGCGAACAGUUGAAACAAAUGCAAGCAUUAUAUGGUCCUCAUUUCCCUAUUGAAAUUAGACAUCAUUGCGCUGAUUGGCUGGAAUCCCAACAAUGGCAUGAUUAUGAUAUGACUAAUCCUGCACAUGAGCAGCAUGCUAAGCAGUGUUUAGAGCAGUUACUGGCAUGUGUUCGUCAAAAGAGUACAGAUUCAGUGGAUUUUGUAACAAAUAUGAGACUGAAUGAGAUUUAUUUACAAGUAAAGCAACAGUAUGAUGCCAAUCCUCUUAAUCUUGUACGCAUAAUACAGCAUUGUUUGGAUACAGAGCGAGAGCUUGUGCAAUCCACAGAGAAUGAAGGCCACCAAUCAGAAGGCAUGCAGGAAAACAGCCAAACAGAUCUCUAUAGACAACUGGAUUGUACAUUCCAAAGGCUUUAUCAAAUGACUCAGGAAACUGAGGCUGAUUUGCAGAAUAUGAAACAGAAGCAGGAACUGUUUGUUUUUCAAUAUCAGACAAGUUUAAAAUUACAGAAUCAAUUAAAACAACUUCAACAGUAUCCACAGAAUGAUCCUAAUAGGCAGGCAAGGGAGAAACAAUUAAUGGCGGAGAGAAAAGAGGUGGAUACUAAUUUACAAUUGGAAGCACAGCAACUUUUACAGAACAGAAUAGACCUGGCUGAAAAACACCAACAAACAUUUAAAAUAUUAGAGGAUUUGUUGAACCAAACUUUAGAAGACCAAUUGGUACAGUGGAAGAGAAGACAGCAGCUUGCCAGUAUUGGUGGACCACCAGAAGGCAGUUUGGAACAGAUUCAACAGUGGUGUGAAAACUUAGCAGAUUUGAUAUGGCAAAAUAGACAGCAGAUAAAAAAUAUAGAUUUACUUCGGCAACAGUUACCAAUGAAAUGUCCAGGAUCCGACCUCCUGCCACAACUACACAACACUAUAACCUCACUGUUAUCCACACUUGUAACAAGCACAUUUAUAAUUGACAAACAGCCUCCACAAGUUUUGAAAAAAGAUACAAAAUUUAGUGCCGGUGUUAGACUACUUGUUGGAGGUAAACUGAGUGUCCAUAUGAGUCCACCGACAGUCAAAGCUUCCAUUAUAAGUGAGAAUCAAGCCAAAGCGUUGCUUCACAACGAAAAUGCUAAUGUAAAUGACACAAGUGGAGAUAUACUUAAUAAUUGUGGUGUAAUGGAAUAUCUAAAAGAUUCAGGUGUACUCAGUGUGAACUUCAGGAAUAUGUCUUUGAAAAAAAUAAAAAGAGAAGAAGGUAGAGGUCAAGAGAUUGUUACUGAGAAAAAAUUCACCAUAUUAUUCCAGUCGGAAUUCAGUGUUGCCGGCCAAGAACUCGUAUUCCAAGUCCGAACACUCUCUCUGCCAGUAGUAGUUAUUGUCCAUGGCAACCAAGAGUCUAAUGCCUCAGCAACAAUAUUAUGGGACAAUUCUUUUGCUGAACCCGGCAGAAUUCCCUUCAUAGUUCAAGAAAAAGUACACUGGACUCGCUUAUCGCAAGCAUUGAACAGGAAGUUCUCACAGGCAUGUGGUAGACAGUUGACUCCUCAAAACCUGAAGUAUUUGGCGGUUAAAGCAUUUGAUGGACAUUCCACACCAGACAUGGACUUUGAUAAUAUGAUGAUAUCAUGGGCUAAUUUCAACAGAGAGAAUCUAUCAGGAAAACAGUUUACUUUCUGGAAAUGGUUUCACGGCAUUAUAGAGAUUACAAAGAAACAUCUACGAGAACCAUGGCAAGAAGGCUAUGUGGUUGGCUUUGUGAGUAAGGGUCAUGCCCAGGAGUUACUUUUGUCCCGAGCCAAUGGUACUUUUAUGUUAAGAUACAGCGAUGGGUCUAUUGGAGGAGUGACCAUUGCAUGGGUAGCACAGGACCCAAACACAGGUGAACGUCAAGUCUGGAAUCUUCAACCAUUUACAUCAGAAGAUUUCAAUAUCCGUUCAUUAGCUGAUAGAAUACUUGAUCUGCCACAACUGGUGAAUCUAUAUCCGGACAUUCCAAAGGAUUUAGCAUUCGCUAAAUACACCAAAAAACAACCUGAAGUUGAUACAAAGACUCAGGAUGGAUAUGUACCAUCAGGACUUGUCAGUACAGUCCAGUUACCUGCAGCUAGCAUGAUGCCAAUGAGCCCUCUUGCACCACGAAUGUAUGAAGAACCAGCAUCACCAGCACAGUCUAUAAUAAACCCAGGGUCAGUGCAGAGUACAGCCAGUACAGAUACAACUAUGGCUGAUAUGAAUAGCGCAGCUAAUGCUGAGAUUGACCUUACUGAACUCACAGUUGAAGACAUUAACGCACUUGCCAAUAUAUCCUUCACCGAUGAUUUCAACAUAGAGGGCGCUGAAGAAUUUGAUACCAUUAUGGCAGAAGACCUGGACUCCUUCUUAAGCCGUGUGCUGUAAUAUUCUAAUGGCACAGCUUUUUAUUAAAUUUUAACCAAAGCUUGUUCUAGUUAGUUGUGUAUGCUAAUGAGAAUGUAAUUAGUGCAAUUUUUAUCUUAUUAGUGAAUAUCGGUAACUGAUCAAAUACACAGAACACAUCAGUCUGUAUACAGUAGGAAAUUCAACAUUUGUAGUUCAAAUUUGCAACAUUUUUGUUGGUCAAAGGUUACCAUGAAUUUUGUUUUUGGUGUAGAGUCAAAGGUCAGAUCAUGUAUGUAAUUUUGGGAGUUCUAUUUUGUGAUAAUCUUUGUAAUUUGCAUUUAAAUUGCAUUUUGAACCUAGGAAACUGACGAGUUACAAGAAUUGGUGCUAAAAUAUAGUACACAACUAAUGGUGUUUGGUGUCAUGAUGAGAAAAAAACACGUAAACAUAAUAGGGUUAGAUUUGAAUCUAUUUUUGCACUGAUACAAGCCUUAUUGACAUUUACAGUUGAAUGGAGGAUUUUUUGAGUUUAAUAUUGGUGCCAUAUGUGAAGGAGGUUGAGAAAAUUGGUAUUAUAUCAUGUGAAGUUCAGAUGCUAGUAAAAGGGAGCGGUCAUUAUUACAACCCUUUGCCAUGGUAACUGUUACCAUGGUUACAAAUAAACUGUAGGAAUGUAGAUUUAAUUUCUGACUACGUUUUGUUGUGAUUGUUCUUGUAUUGUUGUAGCCUCCACUGCCAAUCAUUGUGUGAGAGAUUUUAACUGCAUUUAUUAUAGUGUCUUGUAUAAUGAAUUUUAUCAUUCCAUAUAUGGUCAUAUAGGAUCCAUAUUCCUGGUCAUGUGUUAAUUUGUGUCAUUUUAAUAGUUUCUUGUCCUUGUAGAUUCACCAUUAUUGUCAUAUGCAUUUGGCAGAUACAGCUUAGGUUCAUGCUUAAUCAGCACCCUUUUUUUAGUGUUAAUCACCUCUGAACUUUACAUGGUGUGUCAGUUUGGAGUUUGCAAGUCCUUCGACUAUUGAAAAAGUUGACCAAGCUUCGUUUGAACCAUGACUUUGGUAUUGCGAGUCAGAACCUAUACCGCCUACUCUAUGAGGGAUUUAGUUGGGGUGACUAUACAGACAGUCAAGUGACAUGAAUGAUCCUUUUGUGUUUAUGCAUAUGAUGUUGUUUUACUAAAUGAUUAUCAAAGUAUAUUAGUCAUUAACUUUAUUUCAUAUUCUUGCUAUUUCAAGCGUAACAGUCGCGCUUAUGGUCAGUAUGCUGUAAAUGAUGUCGUACCUUGUGCAAGUAUAAACAUUACUGAAUGCUGUGUGUACGUUAUACUUUAAACCUCAUAAAUUUUUUGAGAGACAAAUAUUCAUGCAUUUCUCAAGUCAGUUUCGUAGCAGUAACAAUUUCUCCGAGAUCCUACAACAUGGAGCAUCAGUGACUUUUGCGAAAUUUGUAACUUCGGAGACUUUUGCAAAUUUUUGUUUUCACAAAUCUCAAGUCGUAAAAUUUUGUGUCAAAAAUUAAACACUUCACAGUAUAUAGAGUUAGUGUCAAAAUUUUCAAUCCAUUGAUUAUUCUCACCAAGGUUUUCAGUAAAAAGUAUCUCCAAAUGUACACAUGAAUUUGUGAAUGAGAUUAAAAUCACUGAAAUACAGUUAAAACUCCACUGAUAGUGAUGACAGCCAGUGCCACUAUUUCAAACUACAGUACUGAAUAUUUUGUUCUAUUUGCUGUAUUAUUGGUGCAUGUGCUUUCCGGUACAUAAAUUACAGGUUAAAAAUAGAUCAUAGGUCAGGUGAUAAUAAAUGUAGUCUUUGGUUUAUGUGUGCUACUAUAAUGUGUUAUAUUGAGUGUUUAAGCACAGAAUAUCUUCUCUUAUAUAUGGCAUUUGUACAGUCUUUUUGUCUGAUACAAUUUUAAAAAAAUGUGGGAAAAAAAAUAGUAUAUAUUAUACUAUAUCAAGUAUUGUCGUCAGGUUUUUUUAUUUUUUUUUCAGCAUUUGAACAGUUAUGUUUUAAUAAUUAUCAAGCUAAGGAGUUGCAUAAUUUUUGAUUAAUGGGCGGUAGUCGUCGCGCCACGCAUGCGCGAGAUAUAUGGGUCUCGUAUAAACAAAGAUGGCGACUUUGAUCAACGAGUACAAACUGGGACGUUACCAAGCUUUUAUUACGUACAUUUUUAGGUGAUUGGAAGGUGACGAAGGAGUCGCCGGAAGUAAUUGAUGCAAGUCGCGCCCAGGUUAAACCUCUAACUUAUGAUUUCCAUUAGAAGAGCGCAUUGGAUUGUGGGAAAAUCAAUGUUUAUCAACACAAAUGUCGCACAUGUGCAGUGCGACGACCACUGCCCUUUAAGCAUAAGUAACUGAAUAUAUUAAUCUGUAUUCAAAUUCCAGUGAAAGGUAAUGCACUAAUUAAUUUCUAGUAGUAGGAAAAAAAGCAUAAUUAGAUUUUGAAUUUAAGAAGAAAAAAAACUAAUUCUAGGAAGUUGAAAGUUAGUGGUGUUCUGAAUUAUGAGACAGUUAAUGACUUCUGAUAUGAUUGGUCAAGUGCGUUUACCUUUAAAUUUAAAUAUUUCUUGUCAUUUCACCAGGAAUUGAAAAAUUAGAAUAUAUCAUUUAUUUUUUGUUCUCAAUUCAGCAUGUAUGCCUAUUUUUGAAUACAUGUAUUCUCAAAAUUUUUAGGGUAUUCGCGAGGAUGUAAUUUUUACAAAUUUGUGACUUUGUCCUUCACACUCCAAAUGUACAAUUUGUUCUUGUGAAAUUUAAUUUCUUCACAGUUCAUGUAGUUUUGAUACAUAUUCCUGUCGCUUGAUAUUUCUUUUUAAUGUUUGCAUAUUACUGGGAGAACAUGUGUAUAAUUGUUUUGUUUUCUUAUGUACAUUGUAUUUGUAGUUACCGGUAAUAAUGAAAUAAAAUUUCCUUUAAUAA